AAGAAAAUGAUAAGGCGUGUUGGACAAGGCUUGUCGUCAUCUUGUCCGUAUUCUUCCCUUUCUUUCCCUCCUCUCAACAUCAUUUCAUGGUCAUCAUGAUCACAAUAUUAUUAUUUACUACAUCACCAUCUCCAUUAUAUUCCAACCAUAGAUAGCAAUAAUAUUUGCAGAUGAGAGGUCGGAUCGUUUUUAUUAUAAACGCAGCUGCACUUGAAAACUAGUUUAUACAUUUUUUAAAGGGUUUGGAUUUGCUGCGGGGGUUCGAUCCUGAGACCACUACGAAACGGAAUCAUGUCGUCCGCAGCGAAAAAGCUCAUAAACGAUGUCAAAGAUACUGUUACAGAGUUCAUUGAAGGCAUUGUGGAAACAUAUCCAAACUUGCAGUACUUAGAUGGCUUUCCUGAGGUUAAAGUAGUAUUGCGUGCUGAUAUAUCUCGGGGAACAUAUGAGAAGGUUGCAGUUAUAUCAGGAGGUGGGAGCGGACAUGAACCUGCACAUGCAGGAUUUGUAGGUGCUGGCAUGUUAACAGCUGCAAUUUGUGGAGACAUCUUUACUUCUCCUACUGCACAUUCUAUCUUGGCUGGAAUUCGGGCUGUUACAGGGCCUCAAGGUUGCCUUUUAAUUGUUACGAAUUAUACUGGCGACCGGCUGAAUUUUGGUCUAGCAGCUGAGCAAGCUAAGUCUGAAGGAUACAAAGUUGAGAUGGUUAUUGUUGGGGAAGAUUGUGCUCUUCCUCCUCCUCGAGGUAUAGCUGGUCGCAGAGGACUUGCAGGCACCAUUCUUGUUAACAAGGUUGCAGGAGCAGCAGCAGAAGCUGGUCUUCCUCUUGCUGAUGUUGCUGCAGAGGCAAUUCGUGCAGCUCAAAUGGUUGGAACGAUGGGUGUGGCUUUGUCAGUGUGUACCAUACCAGGUCAGGUCACAUCAGAUAGAUUAGGUCCUGGGAAAAUGGAGCUUGGCCUUGGAAUACAUGGUGAACCUGGAGCUGCUGUGGCUGAUUUACAACCAGUUGAAGUCAUCGUCUCUCAUGUUCUUAAACAGAUUUUGUCAAAGGAACCACAAUAUAUUCCAACUAAACGUGGAAGUAGGGUUGCAUUGUUGGUGAAUGGACUGGGUGCCACACCUUUGAUGGAGCUAAUGAUUGUAGCUGGGAAGGCAGUUGCUCAACUACAACUAGACCAUGGUCUUGCUGUGGAACGCGUUUAUACGGGUUCCUUAAUGACUUCUCUUGAUAUGGCAGGUUUUUCCCUAUCUGUUAUGAAGGUUGACUCAACAAUUCUGCCACGCUUAGAUGCUCACACAAAGGCACCUUCCUGGCCUGUUGGUGUUGAUGGACCUCGCCCAGCAACAACAAUACCUGUUCCUAUGGCUACUCAUUCUGUGGAAUCAAAAGAGGCUCCAUGUCGGCCACAAGAUUUGACUGUGCAAGGUAGGGUUCUUGAAGUUGCCAUCAAGGCUGGUGCUGAGGAGCUUAUUAAGCUUAAGGACACUUUAAAUGAGUGGGACGGCAAAAUUGGAGAUGGAGAUUGUGGGACCACGAUGUGUAAAGGAGCAAUUGCGAUUCUCGAGGAUAUGAAAAAUUUAUAUCCUUUAAAUGAUGCAACUGAGACUGUAAAUGAAAUUGGAGUCACUCUUAGAAGAGUUAUGGGUGGCACAAGUGGUGUACUAUAUGAUAUAUUUUGCAAAGCUGCAUAUGCCAAGUUGAAGGAAAGCACUUCAUCAAGCAUCCCACCAACACAAUGGGCUGCUGCGCUAGAUGCUGGUGUAGCAGCUGUGAGCAAGUAUGGUGGUGCUGUAGCAGGCUAUCGGACAAUGCUAGAUGCUUUAAUUCCUGCAUCCCUUGUGUUGCAAGAGAGGCUAGCUUCAGGGGAUGAUCCUUUGAUUGCUUUCGUUGUUUCAUCUGAGGCGGCCUCAACUGGUGCCGAGUCCACAAAGAACAUGGAAGCUCAGGCUGGCCGUUCUACAUAUGUACCAGGUGAUGUUCUUUCAUGUGUUCCAGACCCUGGUGCAAAAGCAGCAGCAGCAUGGUAUGGGGCAGUGGCUAAUGCAAUAGCAGACUAUUAUCAGAAAAUUUUGUGAGUCUAUUUGGUUAAGGUUCAGGUUUAAUGCUAAAUUAGUUUAUGUAUCCAUUUUUAGAGAUCAAGGCACUUAGUGCACCCUUCAAGGUUUCCGAACACAAAUGUUUGAAAUAAGGGAUUUUUAGUUUUACUAUAAUUGUUGAGAAUAUAUUAGAAGUUGUUCUUUAGACACCCAUGGCACAUCCACUUUGUUUACCUGUAGGUUUAGUAGGUAUUGAUGAUAUAUUGGCAUUGUGUAAAGCCCAAGGAAUGGAAUUUUGACAACUUUGUGGGGAUUUUGAUUUCAUUCCCCAUUUGAGUGCCAAUCAUAUCGUACUUUCAGAAAGGCCAUAUUUUCUCAAUUUUUUUGAUAAAAUAGAUGAGGGGUGUGUUCUUAGGGAAUA